AUUAUUCUUCAUAAAAUGGCAAAUAAAUCAAAAGAACUCUUGUUAGAUAAUAACAAUAUGCUUUACAAUUAGAAUUAAUAAAUCGAAAACAUUGUAACUACAUUAGCAUAGACAAAUCAAACUGCUGCGACUGUUUAAGAGAAGCUUUUGGAUUAAGGAGAAAAAAUAUAGAAUAUAGCAAAUACGGUAUCAAUUAACUUAAAAAUUAGAACAAAGAUAUAUAAAGGGAGACAAGAAGAGUUGAUAAGCAAACAAACUAAAUUAUUAGGAGGGAAUUCUAUAUGAAACUAAUUCUCUAUCUAAUCGCAUUACUCCUAUUUGCAGCAAAUAUUAUCGUGCUUGCAAUCAAAUUAUCUAAGGAUUGAAAAAUACAUAAAAUUAAAUACAUA